GCUUUUUAUUCGAUUAUUGAGUCUAAAGAUUAUGACCAAUUAUUAUUAUCCUUUGUAAGUGAAGACCACUACCAAUUAUCAUCAUCCCUUGUAAGCGAAAACAACAGACUAAUCAAACCUAAUUUAGCAUCUUUUGAGAGUGAAAACAAUAGGAUAAUUGAACUUGAUGCAAUAUCUCUUGUAAACGAAAAUAACAGUAUAAUCGAAUCUGGUGCAUCAUCUUUUGUAAGCAAAAGUAACAGAAUAAUUGAACCUGAUAAAGAUCUUGUUUAUGUUAGUAAUGAUGAUACU